CCAGAGGCCCAGUUUCUAACUCCUUUGCUUUGCUUUUGUCAAUCUCCCGGUCGUUGUUCCCGGCGAGAGAGCCUCCACUCCAGUCCACUCCUUUGGCUGAUACCUUCGGGGUUUCUCUCCCUCUUCAAUCGUCGAGAUCUGAACGAAAUCCAACUUUUUGUUUCAAAUAUCUACAGAAAAUGUCUCUGAAAUCACCAGCAGGUUACGGCAGCAGCAGCACCACAACCACACAAACACAACCCUCCUCCCCGACGUCCCUGACCUUCAUCGCGCGAGCCACUCGCACAACCCAAACCCUUAUAGCCCCACGGCGUCCCUGGGCUGAACUCUUCACCCCUUUCUCCUCCUUCUCCCUCCCUUACUCCUAUCCGGACGCUCUGUCCCGUAUUAGACGGAACUUCUACCACUUCCGGGUCAACUACGCUUUGACCGUCCUCUUCAUCCUUUUCCUCAGUCUUCUAUGGCAUCCUGUCUCCAUGAUCGUCUUCCUCAUCGUCUUUGUCGCUUGGUUCUUUCUCUACUUCAAUAGGGACACCCCAAUCGUCCUCUUCGGUCAAUCCUUGGACGACAGAGUCGUGCUCGGCGCUCUGGGAUUUGUUACCGUGAUAGCUUUGGUGUUGACCAAUGUGGGUUUGAAUGUUUUGGUGGCUUUGAUAGUUGGGGUCGUGGUUGUCGGGUUGCACGCGGCGUUUCGGAGCACGGAUGACUUGUUUCUUGACGAGGAGAGCGCCGUGGAAGGUGGGUUGGUCUCGGUCGUGGGGACUCAGCCAGUAAGGGCAACGUAUACCCGGAUUUGAGUUAUUCUUCUUAGUUAUCAUUCAUGAAACUUCUUAUGAUUACAACUGGUUAUUUGCUUUCUAAAGUUUGAUUCUGGUUGGUAUUGCGGUGGUUGGCCGAUUUCACAGCUUUGAUCCGUAUUCGAGUUUUGAUUUAUAGUGGGUAUUGCGGUGAUUGGCCGAUUUCACAGCUUUGAUCCGUAUUCGAGUUUUGAUUUAUAGUGAGCAUUGCGGUAAUUGGCUUUCUGGGGUGAGGAGAUGAGGUUCUGUGCAUUGCGGUCUUGAUUUGUAUAUUUAUUUUGGGGAACAGAUAGUGAUAUUAUCGAGAUUGAUUUUGCGCUUAAGGACCCUUUCUACAAAUUGGUUGGUACUAGUUGUGGGGUAUUUGGUUUGUUAUAUGAUGACUUGAAUUUUGGUCGUUUCGGUUAGUCUAUUGACUCAGAUUCAUGCUGCCAAGUGACAAUGGAAUCAUCAAGGAUAAAUGGGUUGUCUUAAUUUGCAGGCAUCAAUUGGGAAGGUGAUUUCUUUAGUUUCGUGGGGUUAGUGUUUGUAGUUUGAAUUCUGUUUUUUCUGUUUCUGAUGUAUCUUAAACGUGGAAAACUAUCUUUGUUUCUUCACUUCUGCUAAAUUGAAUUAUCCUAAUGACUGUGUGGCUA